AUGGGGCAAGCCUGCUUAUCGUGCGACCGAGUGAGCUCGAGGCCUGGAGAAUUCAACUCGCAUUAUUUUGCCGUCCAAGCCAAGCGCAUGCACUUUUUCGACAUUAUCACUCAUCACAAAGAGAGGCUCACAGGUCAGCAAUGUCGUAGAUCUACUCACUCGCCCCACGAAAGCCCAUGCCGAGCAAUGCCCGAAAAGAAGCAUCGGGAUCUCCAAGGUCCAGAUGCGAGUCCGGCCGAUGAGGGAACUCGCUUCAUCGCCGCGAUCGACCAAGUCUUCAGCAACCGCACAUCAGCGACGGGAUCAUCACCUGCAAGUCAGGAGGCUUUCAGACGGAUCCAUGGACCUAAGCUUCUCGCCACCUUGGCCAAGCGACUGCAACAGCAUCAUCUUGAUCCUCAACAAGUUGAGUAUGGGACAUUCUUGGCGACACGUAUGGUGCUGCCGUCAUUCCGUAUGCUACAGAGCCAAAGACUUGACAUUGAGACCCUGGGAAAGACUGUUCCAGAUGAAACGGACCAGACCACGGCAGCGUUGGUGAUCCUUUGGCUCGACGGCGACGACUGGAUCCUGUUUCACGUGGAUAAAGACACCGGCACCGCAUACAUGUUCGAUCCUACUCCACGGCAAGAGCCAUCACGAGUUGUCACCUUCUUCCGACAAGCAUACACAGACGCGGGCUAUGGUUCGAUCACUGCCAAGUGGCGUGUUCCCGCUGGAACGCGAACCGACAAGUGGUCCAGCGGUUGGUGGGUGGUCGAGAAGGUCCUCAUGUUAGUCACAGGCAAAGACAUCAAGUCUAUUGGCUUCGCCGUAGUGAAGUCUGAGGACGUCCCACCCGAACUCGUCAAGCGAAGUUAUUAG